UUUUGCAGUCUCAAGCUUUGUCUUUCGUUAACAUCGCAUCUCCCACACGCACUUAAAAUUAAGAACAAACUUAAAGGCGGAGAAUCCAACACUUCGAAAAUCUUUUUCUACUCUUCAACAGAUUUAAUCAAUUAACGGUAACGUAACUUCGACUCCAACUCCACGUAAUGGCAUCGCUUCACCCUUCAGAGCUCGAGUCCGGCACCACCGAUUCUGUCGCCUCCUCUCCUCGUUCUGACCACCAUGAUCUCCAUAUUUCACGUGUGCGAUUCAUGUGUAGCUUCGGUGGCAAGAUCCUCCCCCGCCCGCAUGAUAAUCAGCUCCGUUAUGUUGGUGGUGAUACCCGCAUAGUUGCCGUUCACCGCUCCACUACCUUCUCGGCUCUACUCACCAAGCUCUCAAAACUUGCAGGUGGCAGUAACAUUAGCGUGAAGUAUCAGCUGCCUAACGAGGAUCUGGAUGCAUUGAUCUCGGUCACCACGGAUGAGGAUGUGGAGAACAUGAUGGAGGAGUAUGAUCGCAUAGCACAUAAUCAAAACCAAAGAUCAGCGCGGCUCCGCCUCUUUCUUUUUACUAAAGGUGAUGAUUCCCGAGCCAGUAGUAUCAGCUCGCUCCUUGAUGGCGCGGCUAACCGAGAACACUGGUUCUUUGACGCUCUCAACAGCGGCGCGGGGCUCGAGCGUGGACGUUCAGAGGCUUCCUCUAUUAUGUCUGAAGUACCCGAUUAUUUAUUCGGGUUGGAUAAUUCUGAUGAGACGCAGCCUCGUGAACCAAAAAUGAAGUCUCGAUUAGUUUUGCAUGAGAAUGUAUCAAUGUCGGAUCCGGGUUCUCCUGCCCCGGUUGUUUCGUCGCCGUUUUGCUCUACAUCAUCCGCACCUAUCGUUCCAUCCAUGCCGGAUCUUCCUCCAGUUAAGACUAAACCCGACAACCCGGUUGCGACAAUAGAGUCAAAGCGGAGUGGUCAAGUGGAUGGCUAUGUAGAGACUGUGGAGACACAAACGCAACCAAUACAGCCAAACGAAUAUUCGGGUCAACCCAUGUGGCAAUACUUCUCGGAUUCUCAUUACUCGGGUCCUGCUGUACAACAAAUUCCAGUUUAUUAUGUUCCGGGUCCGGUUCAACCCGGGAAUGCUUCGGUACAGCCUGUCUCUGUUCAAGCACAGUAUGUUCAUCAAUACCCCGUUCCUGGGGGUCAAAUGCCUGUAGGGUACCAUCAGCCAGUUCCAAGUUCGGGUCAAAUAUACGGUGGAGCUGCAGUGAGGCCUGUUGUGACGAUGGAUCAUGCAUAUGACCCGGCAAUGAGAGUAGUUCCAGCUGAGGGAGUAAACCAGCAGGUUUAUUACGGGGUUAGAAAUGCGGGUUUGGUUCAGGGGUAUCCGGGUAUGAUAAUGCCAGGUGGAGAAGAAUUAACAAGGACCGGAUCCGAUGUAAAAGCGGGCCGGAUCUCACAGUCUUCCUAAACGGGUCAUAUACGGUAAAUUACGUUAAUUUUGUCAUAUUUGCAUAAAGCCAAAAAGCCUUUUGUGUGUGACUCUGGUACUUGUUUUUCUGGAUUGUAAUUAAAUUCAUUAUAUUUUGAUGAAAUUGGGAAUGAAUUUUGAUACAA